CACCACAGGCGCCCACGUGAUCUGUCAGUUUGAGGGAGAAGGAGGAAAAUGGCCGCUCCGUCUAAGCCGUAGACGGCGGCUCGGAGUCCCCUUCUUUUUUGUCUGACAGCGCCGGCUCUCGGGAGGGCUCCUCUGCGGGGGCCCGAAAGCGGGCCCAGAGGGGCUUCUAGACGGUACUGAAAGAUAGCUAACUGAAGCUUUUCUGUGAAGAUGGCAAACCUUUUGAGUGAUAGUCUGCUUACUUAUGUAGAAGAGGAAAAUAUUCCUGGCCUAAAAGCAUUUCUAGAAAAAUGCAAGGAUGUGGAUGAGAGAAAUGAGUGUGGCCAGACUCCCUUGAUGGUAGCUGCUGAAAAUGGCAAUCUUGAGAUAGUAAAAGAACUACUUAAGAAUGGAGCUAAUUGCAAUCUGGAAGAUGUGGAUAACUGGACAGCUCUUAUAUCAGCAGCAAAAGAAGGUCACCUAGCUAUUGUGAAGGAGCUGCUUAAAUGCAAUGUUAAUUUGGAACAUAAAGAUAUGGGAGGAUGGACAGCUCUUAUGUGGGCAUGUUAUAAAGGCCAUACAGAAGUAGUAGACUUGCUCCUUUCAAAAGGCGCCAAUCCAAAUGUCACUGGACUGCAAUAUAAUGUGUAUCCAAUCAUUUGGGCUGCUGGGCGAGGCCAUGCAGAUAUUGUAUAUCUGUUACUGAAAAAUGGAGCUAAAGUCAAUUGCACUGAUAAGUAUGGAACUACCCCCUUAGUCUGGGCUGCACGAAAAGGUCAUUUGGAAUGUGUUAAGCAUUUAUUGCAUAUGGGAGCAGAUGUUGAUCAAGAAGGAGCUAAUUCAAUGACUGCCCUUAUUGUGGCAGUAAAGGGUGGCUACACGCAAUCAGUAAAGGAAAUUUUGAAAAGGAACCCAAAUGUGAAUUUAACGGAUAAAGAUGGAAAUACAGCUUUGAUGAUUGCGUCAAAAGAGGGACACAUUGAAAUUGUGCAGGAUUUACUUGAUGCUGGAACAUAUGUGAAUAUUCCUGAUAGGAGUGGGGACACUGUGCUAAUUGGUGCUGUCAGAGGUAGUCAUGUUGAAAUUGUUCGAGCCCUCCUGCAGAAAUAUGCUGAUAUAGAUAUUAGAGGACAUGAUAAUAAAACUGCUUUGUAUUGGGCUGUAGAGAAAGGCAAUGCAGCAAUGGUGAGAGAUAUCCUGCAGUGUAAUCCAGAUACUGAAAUAUGCUCAAAGGAUGGUGAAACACCACUUAUAAAAGCCACGAAGAUGAGAAAUAUUGAAGUGGUUGAACUUCUGCUAGAUAAAGGAGCUAAGGUGUCUGCUGUAGAUAAGAAAGGAGAUACUCCUCUUCAUAUUGCCAUUCGUGGCAGAAGCCGGAAACUAGCAGAACUUCUUUUAAGAAAUCCAAAAGAUGGACGACUGCUUUAUAGGCCAAACAAAGCAGGAGAGACACCAUACAACAUUGACUGUAGCCAUCAGAAAAGCAUUUUGACUCAAAUAUUUGGAGCCAGACACUUGUCUCCUACCGAUGCUGAUGGAGACAUGCUUGGUUAUGACUUGUACAGCAGUGCUCUGGCUGAUAUUCUUAGUGAGCCAACAAUGCAACCCCCCAUUUGUGUGGGAUUGUAUGCCCAGUGGGGGAGUGGGAAAUCUUUUUUGCUCAAGAAAUUAGAAGAUGAGAUGAAGACUUUUGCAGGACAACAAAUUGAACCUCUUUUCCAGUUCUCAUGGCUUAUAGUAUUUCUUACACUGUUACUUUGUGGAGGGUUGGGUUUAUUGCUUGCCUUUACUGUGGACCUGAAACUUGGAAUAGCAGUGGCUUUAAGCCUCUUGGCACUCCUAUAUAUUUUCUUUAUUGUAAUUUACUUUGGUGGCCGAAGGGAAGGAGAAAGUUGGAAUUGGGCCUGGGUGGUAAGCACUAGGUUGGCAAGACAUAUUGGCUACUUGGAACUCCUCCUCAAACUGAUGUUUGUGAACCCUCCUGAAUUACCAGAGCAAACUACAAAAGCUUUACCAGUCAGAUUUUUAUUUACAGAUUACAAUAGACUCUCCAGUGUGGGUGGAGAAACUUCAUUGGCUGAGAUGAUUGCAACUCUUUCUGAUGCUUGUGAAAGGGAAUUUGGUUUCUUAGCCACAAGACUUUUUCGAGUAUUCAAGACUGAAGAUACACAGGGGAAAAAAAAGUGGAAGAAAACUUGCUGCCUCCCAUCUUUUGUUAUCUUCAUUUUCAUCUUGGGAUGUAUUAUUGCUGGAAUCACUCUCCUUGCUAUAUUUAGAGUUGACCAAAAACAUAUGACAGUGAAUGCUAUUCUUAUAUCAAUUGCAUCUAUUGUUGGUUUGGCCUUCAUCUUAAACUGUCGUACUUGGUGGAAAGUACUAGAUUCUAUCCUAAAUUCUCAGCGUAAACGUCUUCAUAAAGCUGCCACCAAAUUGCACAAGUUGAAAAGUGAAGGUUUCAUGAAGGUUCUGAAAUGUGAAGUGGAAUUGAUGGCUAGAAUGGCAAAAACUAUUGAUAGCUUCACUCAGAAUCAGACAAGAUUAGUGGUCAUCAUUGAUGGGCUGGAUGCUUGUGAGCAAGACAAAGUCCUACAGAUGCUGGACACAGUUCGAAUUCUGUUUUCAAAAGGUCCAUUCAUUGCUAUUUUUGCAAGUGACCCACACAUAAUUAUAAAGGCAAUUAACCAGAACCUCAACAGUGUACUUCGUGAUUCAAAUAUAAAUGGUCAUGACUACAUGCGCAAUAUAGUUCAUUUGCCUGUUUUCCUUAAUAGUCGUGGAUUAAGCAGUGCAAGAAAAUUUCUCGUAACUGCCACUACAAAUGGAGAGGUUGUAUGUUCUGAUAGCACAGGAUUACAUGAAGAUGCUGACAGAAGAGUUUCCCAGAACAGUCUUGGGGAAAUGACCAAACUUGGCAGCAAGACAGCCCUCAAUAGACGGGAUACUUACCGAAGAAGACAGAUGCAGCGGUCCAUUACGCGUCAGAUGUCUUUUGAUCUUACAAAGCUAUUGGUGACAGAAGACUGGUUCAGUGAUAUCAGUCCUCAGAUUAUGCGAAGACUACUUAAUAUUGUUUCUGUUACAGGACGAUUAUUGAGAGCCAAUCAAAUUAGUUUCAACUGGGACAGGCUUGCUAGCUGGAUCAACAUCACAGAGCAGUGGCCCUACCGAACUUCAUGGCUCAUAUUGUAUUUGGAGGAAACUGAAGGUGUUCCAGAUCAAAUGACACUAAAAACCAUCUAUGAGAGAAUAUCAAAGAAUAUCCCAACAACCAAAGAUGUUGAACCAUUGCUUGAAAUCGAUGGUGACAUAAGGAACUUUGAAGUGUUUUUGUCUUCACGAACACCAGUUCUUGUGACUCGAGAUGUAAAAACUUUUUUGCCAUGUACUGUAAAUCUGGAUCCUAAACUUCGAGAAAUUAUUGCAGAUGUUCGGGCUGCAAGAGAACAGAUUGGAGGACUUCAGUAUUCUGCUAUGCAGCUACAAGAUGUGAAUCCUCGGGCCCCAUCUGCAUUUAGUCUGCCUGCAACUCUGAGUUCUUCAGCUUCCUAUAAUGGGCCUUUUCCUGGUAAUAUGCUAUCACCACAGCCUCCUAGCAGCUAUUACAGUGGCCUAACAGGACCUCAGCAUCCCUUCUAUAAUCGGCCAUUCUUUGUCCCAUAUGUUUACCCGCCAAGGUAUUACCCUGGCAGUUUUCAACAUCUCAUCCCACGUUCAUCUAUAAAAACGAAUUUUUCCAGAGAUCAGAACAGUGGCCUAGAAGUUAUCAAGGAGGAUGCUGCUGAAGGGCUUUCUUCACCCACAGACUCCUCAAUGCAGUGUAAAUCUGGGUUUAACAAACAGAGACAGGGAACAGUGUCAGGACAGACAGUGACAUUGAACUCAAUGAAUGUGGAUUCUGUGUGUGAGAAACUGAAACAAAUAGAGGGUUUGGACCAGAGCAUGAUGCCUCAAUACUGUGCAACAAUAAAAAAGGCAAAUAUUAAUGGCCGUGUACUGGCUCAGUGUAACAUUGAUGAAUUGAAGAAAGAAAUGAAUAUGCAUUUUGGGGACUGGCAUCUUUUCAAAAGUAUGGUACUUGAUAUGAGAAAUGCAGAAAAUCAACCAAUUGCUGAAGAGUCACAUGUAAUGUCUGAUCAUGCCGAUAUCUCAGUCCCUCAUGGCGAAUCUCUUCGUCGCUCAUUACAUAAUGAAUUGCCACAUACAGAACUUUCUAGUCAGGCUCCCUACACAUUGAACUUUAGUUUUGAAGAACUGAACACUAUUGGUCUUGAUGAAGCUCCUCCACGCCACAGUAAUUUAAGUUGGCAGGAAGAAAAUGACAUCCAAGGUAAUGGCUUCUGAAAAGGAGAAUUCAAUCUGAAAUAAGGCGGCUUAGUACUUCAAGAUCGUCUGGCUGUUCUUGUGCUGGUGUGUCCUUACACACAACCUCCAAGCUACUGUCAGUCCAUUUCAUGACUACACAAGCCUGAGGCUAGGUUUGAUCAGCUUCUUUUCCUUAAGCAGGUGAUCAAGAAGCAAACUUGAGAUGGAUGUAUCAGGUGGCAACAUUGAGUUCCGGAAGAUUUGAAGGUCAUGUGAGACCUUCAAGUGCCAGUAGAUGCAGUUCCUGGAAUGACAGUGCCUGACAGGAGGAGCAGCAUCUGCUUCAGAGAGUUCAACUACUAACCAAAGAAGGACUGACCUAACAUGGCUUUUUUUCCACAGAAUUCUGGGGUGAUCAUAGAGUGCCUGGUGCUGAGGUGAAAUGUGAAAUUUCCAAUUAGUAGCACUGCAAAACUGCUUCAUGAUCUGGUGAGAACUCUAAUAUUAGUUUCCCAACCAAUUGUAACCAUAGUUAUUGUAAUUAUAAAUUAUUACUAAGGUCUGUUAAUGCAGAUUAUUAUUCCCUCCUACUUAGUAUUCCUUCUUUCUGUGUAGGAAUAAAUUACUUGACCCAAACCUGAUUCAUUUUGUACAUUGAAUACCUCUUUUGCUUUCUUCUUGGGAAGACUCAGACAGGAGUCAUAUCUCAAAUUGUAUUUACCAUCAUCUGUGAGGGGUUGUUAUCAAGCCAAUGAGUCUGAAACUGGAGAACAUACACUCCAUAAUUAGAGGUCAGCCUUCCCCAGGAAUUAACCUUGUCAUGACGAUUGUUUUAUUACUACUUAGAUGAGAGAGCAAGUAACCUAGCUCUUGACCUCCCAACAUAACUGGUGAUGUAUGUCAGAGUAAGUGGGUAGAAUUUCCAUGGGUGAAACACUAUGUAGUUGGAAAGAAUAAGACAAGAAGAAUAAAGGUAAGCUACUACAAUUGAAGUGUGUAGCACAGUGGAAAGAACCUUGGAUUUGGAAUCAAAAUAAUUGGCUGCUAAAUCCCAUCCCUGAUACUUAUUACUUAUAUAACUUGUCAGGUUGCUUAUUUUCUCCAGGUUUCAAUUCCCUUAUCUCUAAGAUGAGAGGACUAGGUAAUCACUAAGGUCCUUUCCAAUUUUAAUUUCCAUAAUUAUAUAAAUCAAGAGGUAUAGGGUAGGCUCUAAAUUUUUGCUUUAAUGAUUGAAUCACAAUAAUUUCUGAAGUCAAUCAUUAUUUUUAUUUCUUCAUAGUCAUAGAUAGUCUUUGUUAUACCAACUUGACCUUUUGAGGUUAAUAUCAGAGAGGAUAACUUUUUCCUUUUACCAAAUAUCCUUUGGUGCUAAGAAGAGAUAAAAUAGUAAAGUACAUAUUUAUUUAUUUUUCUUUUGAAAAUAUAUUUUAUUAAUAAAUUUUUUCUACAUCAUCUAAAUUUUCCUGUAUAUUCCUCCCUCUUCCCACUUUUCAGAGAGACAUCUCCCACAAUAAGGAAUAUUUAAAAAGUAAGAAUGAGAAAAAAAUUGGCGAAAUAUAUUAUUAAAUUUAAAUUAUAUAUAUGUGUGUGAAAAUAUAUGCAAUGUUGCAUAAUCAUGGACCACCUCUAUUUUCUCAUUUCUGUGAAAUCAGGUUUAUUUUUCAUGAUUUUGCAACAUUGUCUUUUGAUUGUUUUAUGAUUGUUAUAUUGUUAUAAUCAUUGUAUAUGUUGUUUUCUUGGCUUUACUAACUUUAUUCAGCACUAGUACAUGUAAGUCUUUCCUAAAUAUAGUAUUUUUUAAUGGUUGUUAUUUUCCUUCAAUUUUUGGAUAUUAUCUUUAUGCAUUGAUUCUUUUGCACUUUAGAAUAGUAGGGAACUAUUCUGCCUACUACAUUAAUAAAUUAUAUGCUCUUCUUAUGUUUAAUUCAAUAUUUUACUUCCCUUGGCCAUUUAUCAGAUAUUAAUCACUAGUUAAAUCAUCAGAAAAAACAAGAUCCUAGAUUUCAGAACUGUACCAAAAAGGAAGGGAAGAAUUUUAAUUGAAAGUCCCUUAAAUUAAGUUCAUAUUUUUCUUUAGUGUAGGAACCCUAAAUCUACAUAUUUGAUUGUGAAUAAUCUUUUAUUGUGUUGCUUCUUAACUUUGUUUGGAAAUGCCAUUUAAAAUUUCUAUUCCUACAACAGUAAAAUAGAUAGAAAAAAUAGAAUUUGGUAGCCUCUUUAUCAUAUGCUGUCACCAUCUCUUUUUUGCAUGUAGCUGCCAGAGAGAAAUGUUUUCUUCUCUUUUACCAAUGAUUUGGCCAUGGAAACUCAGAAAACUUGGGCUCUUGCCUACACUCAAGAAGAUAAAGGCUUUACACACAACACACACACAAUUGAAAUAUAUAAAAAUCUUCAAUAUGUACUAUUUUGGAAUGCAAAUCAGCAUAAGAUUCAGAAUUCAAGUUUCUUCACACACAUAUAUAUGUGUAUAUAUAUAUAGGACUAUUGUACAAAACUUACCUAUCCUUUCUGUGCAUAAUUUCAUGAGCAGCAUUUUCAGAACCCUUGUCCUUUUAUGUACUUGAUGCAAGUGUUUUCAACAUGGGCUUUCUUGCCUUUCUAAAUUUUCCCUCUGAGUGUAAUGAAUUUCUCAAUGUAUAGGAAAGGUUGGGUUAUUAAAGCCUCCAAAGAAAAAAAGAAGGAUGCUGCUAACAAAUGUCUAUUGAAUUGACUUAACUUGAUCCAAGGGUAACUAUGUGGUACAAUGGAGAGAGCAUCAGAUUUGAAAUCAGAAAGAGUCAUUUCCUGAGUUCAUAUUGCACUUAAAACUAACUGUGUGAUGCUGGGAAAGUAACUUAGCCUUGAUUGCCUCAGUUACCUGAUCUGCAAAAUGAACUGGCGAAGAAAAUGGUGAACAGCUUCAGUAUAUUUACAAAGAAAAUCCCAAAUGAGGUCAUGAAGAGUCAGACAGGACUGAAAGGAUUAAGGAACAAAUUUGAUGCAACCAGAGCCAAUAACUGAGCAAUUGAAACUUACACGUGGCAUAUGACUUACAUUUAUAAUUUACAUAUAAAAAUCAUUCUGUUCCCUUUACUGGUCAAGUCAUUUAGAGAGUCAAUAACUCUCUAAAGUCAUAUAUAUUCUUCCUACUGUCCCUUUAGCCAUACAGCUGUAAGAAUUUAAGUUAGAGAGACUAUCACAUGUAACUCUUAAGGAGGUUGGAUUAGAGGUAAGGCAAUAUGGUACAAAGAACAUUGGAUCUGAGUAAGUGGGAAGAUGUGUGCUCAACCAUUUUGUUAUUUUCUGUACAUCUCUGAACAGGCCAUUUAGCUCCUUAGUCUCAGUGUUUUCCACUAUAAAAUAAGGGAUUGAACUAGAUGACUUAUCUAAGGCCAAUUCCAGCCUUAAAUUUGUGAUUCUGUGAUUUUGCCAUGCUAAAAUUAAGUGUUGCCACAGAAGAUCUGAGUUAAAUAACUUUUCUGCCUUGGGUUUGAAAUUCCAACACUUUUAGUUCUCUGCACAAUAAAUAAGUGUAUGUAUAGACUUUGUAAUAGAUUUGUCAUUUCAUAUUGUCAUAAAAUUCUACAUGGGAUUCAAACUUAAUUUCACAAAUCAUGUAUGUGUGUAUACAUAUAUAUAUACAUACAUAUGUGUGUAUAUAUAUAUAUUUAUAUACAUAUAUAUAUAGUAACUGAACUUUUUUGGAGUUAAGUAUUUUCUGUAUUUUAAAAGUACAGAUAACAUGACAAGAACCUUUUCAUUCAUGCUAUAUAAAGAGUAAAAUAUCAAAGCCCCUUUCAGACUUAGACUGGCUGCAUUUGUCUGUGAAAGACUAGAAAUGAGGAGAAGAGAAGAGAUAGUGACCUUGUCCCCUGGUCUUAGCUUAUACUUGGGUCUUUUCUCUUCCCAUUUAUCUCCAUAGAAGAAUGAAAGGAGAGUAAACUGAAGAGUCCUAAGCCCCAGAGUUCUUUAGGAGCUUAGGGACAAUAACUAUUACUUGGUAUGUAGUCUUUGGAGAUUACAAAAUGGAAAGUAUAUAGGAUGCUUAUCAUAACUUUGCAUGAAAUAUCUGACAGACUCAAGUCUUGGACCCAGGAGAGGAAUCUGAAGAAAAGGCUAAACCUGAAAUCACCAACUAACCUAGGGAAGACCUUGUUCUUUGUUCUAAAGAGUGGUCCCAGUGUGAGAUGUAAGGACUAAAAUGAAAAGACAGGUAUGUCUUUUUGUUAGUUCUAGGUCAAAACCUUUUCUAAAAAAACCCACAAACCAACCAAAAAAAAAAAAAACCAAACUCAAAA